CUGCGGGUUGAUUUUACUUCUGAUUUGGAAACUGAACAGACACCUGCAUCGAUCUGCACCGAAAAUAGUUCAACCCGAUUUCUUGUAUUCAAUUGAUUUUACUAUUCUUUUGAGACAUAUACAAUCAGAUCAAUCAGACAAAACUGAGAAGGAAAGCAAGGCACACAUAUCUAUAAGUUACUAAGAACAGGAGCGUUCUGUCUGUACAGAGAGCAGUCUCGCUUGGAGGACGGGGCUUACUGAGUUUGAGUGCGGGUUCUAAGGCUACGGUUGAGAUUUGGAUAAAGAAGGGUCGAGUAAUAAAAGGAUAUUUGAACCUACAUUUAUUACAAUUAUUUAAAAAAAUAUAUUAAGGCUAUAGCUUCAAUAAAUAAAACGUUUCUAUUAAAAUAUAACAAACAUAAAGCAUAAUACGGUAGCAAAAUAAUACAUUUGAGACACUAAACAAAUAAAAUAAACACACAGACACAUAUAUAUUUUUGAAAAUAAAUAAAUACAACUUUGGUAACCAUGGAACGUUUUCGUAUGGUGUUCCAGUUCUUCCAAUCCAACACUGAAUCCGUAGCGAACGGCAUAUGCGCUAUGCUGACUCUGGCUAGCGUGAAGAUGUACACCAUCUUCGAUUUCAACUGCCCUUGCCUUCCCAAGUACAACGUGCUGUACGGCAUGGGGGUCAUGUUCAUCCCGCCAGUGGUGCUGUUCUUUGUCGGGAUCAUCGUCAACAAGCACUCGGUUAUGAUGCUGGAGGAGUGGACGAGACCCACUGGAAAGCGCAAAAAGAACCCAGCUAUUAUCAAGUUCAUGUUCACAAACUUGAUUCAAAGAGCCAUGGUUGCCCCCGUGGUAUGGAUCUUAGUGACCCUGCUGGAUGGAAAGUGCUUCAUCUGUGCCUUCAGUGUCAGCGUGGACCCCAGCAGAUUUAAUGGCCUCCCAAAUGUGACAGGCUUGGAUAUAACCCGUGUCCUGGCCAAAGUCUCCUGUAAGGAGGACAUCAUCUUCCAGAACAACACCUCCCGGAAAGCUGUGUCCCGGUACCUGCGCUGCUGGUCCCAGGCUCUGGGCUGGAGCAUCCUCCUCUUUCUGAUCAUACUCGCGGUCGUGGCUCGCUGCCUCAAGCCCUGCUUCGACCACGCCGCCUUCCUGCAAACCCGCUACUGGAGCAACUACGCAGACCUCGAGCAGAAGCUCUUCGAUGAGACCUGCAGCACACACGCCCGUGAAUUCGCACGCAAGUGUGUCAUCCAGUUCUUCGAGAGCAUGCACGAGGAGAUGUGUCAGGGCAUGAUACUGCCCCUCGAUGAAGAGGAUGACCACCUGCACGGCAUUACGUCUCGCAAACAGGUCAACGAGCUGCUCCAAGCCUGGUACCGCUCCAAGCCUGACCUGGACGUCACCAAGAUAGCCCAGCGGCAGUACCGCCGAGCUCGGGUCCGAGUCACCUGGGAGGGGGAUCAGAACAAAGGCCGGCAAGCCUUCAAGCCAAACGGACACUCUACCCAUACAGACGUCUAGUACAGAUCCAAUAUACAUGGAAUACUAUCACUAGUAAUGCUAGUACUGUACUUGUCUUAUAAUGUACUAUUAUAAGACAAGCGGUGAUAUAUACAUAUGUGCCAGUUCUUGUACGUUGCAAGUUUUGUUAAAUAAAAUGUCUAUUGUUUAAAGAUCCCUUUGAAAGCUUUUUUUUUAUUCUAUUUUUUAAUUUGUUUUUGC